AUGGACAGUUUCAAUGCCACUGUAGAAGAGAGAUUCAUUUUGGUGGGCUUUUCAGAUUGGCCUCAGCUAGAACUCAUCCUUUUUGUUUUUAUUUCAAUUGUCUACUCCAUAACUCUCUUUGGCAACACUACCAUCAUCGCUCUCUCCCGAAUGGACCUGCGAUUGCACACCCCCAUGUACUUCUUCCUCUCACACCUCUCCUUCCUGGACCUCUGCCUCACAACCAGUCCUGUGCCCCAGCUCCUGAUCAACCUUCAUGGACUUGACAGGACCAUCAGCUAUGGAGGGUGUGUGGCCCAGCUGUUCAUAUGUCUUGCUCUGGGAUCCACUGAGUGUGUGCUCCUGGUGGUGAUGGCUUUUGACCGCUAUGCUGCUGUGUGUCGUCCACUGCAUUACACGACCAUCAUGCACCCUGUUCUCUGCCAGGCAUUGGCCAUUGUUUCCUGGGUAGGAGGUUUCUUGAACUCUCUGAUUCAAACAGGACUCAUGAUGACCAUACCACUCUGUGGACGCCGACUGAAUCAUUUCUUCUGUGAGAUGCCUGUGUUCCUCAAGUUGGCCUGCAAGGACACAGGAGAUACAGAGGCCAAGAUGUUUGUAGUCAGAGCCAUAAUCUUGGUCUUCCCUGCAACAUUAAUUCUUGCCUCCUAUGGACACAUUGCUAGAGCAGUACUAAAGGUAAAGUCAAUGGCUGGACGCAGAAAGGCUUUUGGGACAUGUGGGUCUCACCUUCUAGUGGUUUCUCUGUUUUAUGGUUCAGCAAUUUACACAUACUUGGAACCCAAGAGCACUUAUUCUGAGAGCAAGGGGAAGUUUGUUGCCCUUUUUUAUAUUAUUGUUACCCCCAUGCUCAACCCUCUGAUCUAUACUCUGAGGAACAAGGAUGUGAAAGGGGCUUUGUGGAAGGUGCUAGGUAGAGGCACAGACCAGGAAUAG